UAGCUCUCUAUUCAUCACUUCUCUUACACACCCCUUUUUUUCCCGUCAUCUUCCAAUAUAAAUAUCCAUCAAUCUCCAUCAACUUUUUCCCCCAACACCACCACCAUAACCCACCUCCUCCUCCUCCUUCUUCCUCGUCUUCUUCCAUUAUGGAUCCUUCAUGCACCACUACUUCAUCUGUUAAUGGCUUCUACACCAUGCUAAACCAAGAGCUUGAAGACCUUGACUGCACUUUCCUUUCGUGCAACUUCAUGUCGAUGCAGUUCCUUCAAAAAACCCUCUCUUCGCUUCGAUCUUUUCAUUCCCAAUUGACCCUUUUGGUUCAAAGGCUUCACCUUCCUGUAGGAGAAAAAUGGCUGGAUGAGUACAUGGAUGAAAGCUCUAGGCUAUGGGAAGCUUGCCUGUUGCUCAAAUCUGGCAUUUCAGGGAUUGAAAGCUAUUGUUCUUCCGCUGCCAAUAUUGCUUCCUCGCUUGACCAUCAUCACCACUUCAACCCACAGUUUGCUCGCCAGGUUAUAAGGGCAAUGAUGGGGUGCCAAAGGGAAAUUGUAGGAUUGGAAGAGGAAAAUAGGAACCUGAUAGAAACAAGAGCAAGACAACUAUCACUAAGAUUUGAUGAAAACAUUACAAAAGAAUCAAAGUUGAAUGGUUUCAAUGGGUUCCGAGGUGUGCUUUAUGCAAUGAGGAAUGUGACUUCAUUGAUCCUAAUGAUCUUGCUCAGUGGUCUCGUCUAUUACUGGCCUCAACUCAGCUUUAUCCAUGGCGAGCACGAAGGGCAUGUGAUGUUUGGGUCAGCUUUCAUGGUUUCAAUUGCAAGGCUACACCAAAGGGUGUGUAAUGAAAUGGAACAACAAAAUGGAGGGCAACAGGCGGCAGGGAUCAUGGUUUAUGAGUUUAGGGAAGCAAAGGUGGCGAUGGAAGAAGUGAAGGGUGAAAUUGAAAGGAUGGUGAAAUAUGGGGUAUCAUCAGUGCAAGUUGAGAUACAAGACAAGAUUGACAACUUGAAGAGUUGUUUUGGGUUGUUGAGAUGUGGGGUGGAAACUAUAAUUGGACAAAUUGAUGAUUUCUUUGAUGAAAUAGUUGAAGGAAGGAAAAAGGUUUUGGACAUGUGCACUCAUAGGUAAAGUUGCACUCCAAGGCUGUACUAGCAGUAGCAGUAGUAGUAAGUAAUUUUAGAAGUGAAAAGAAUCAGUUGUUAAAAAGUGGCAUCAUGUCACUCAAUUUCUUUGUUUAUUUUUCCCCUUUUUUCUUUAAUUUCUCUUUUGGUCCCUUUUUUUUUUCUUUUCUUAAAACAUGUUUUUUACUUGGUUUAAUUCUACCCCAUACCUUAUACUUUUAGGAGCUUUGAAA